CCGUUGCUGCCGUCCCCGUCAGUUCCCGUCCCCCACGUUCUCGACGGGCUCUGAUCAACGCGAUUACGCGAGUGAGGUCGCCGCCCGGGGGAGUAGUUGAGCGCGGAGGGGGUCGCCGGCGGCGGAGCAGUCCCAGCGGCCCCUAAUUCGUUGAGAGGUGACCAGCAAGCUAGUGGUUUUGCAGGUGAUGGAGCCGAAAGGGGAAACUAAGACGGACGGAGUGAGAAUGGCAAUGGGUCCCUUGGACUGCCCUGUCUGCUACGAGCCCCUUGAGCCUCCGAUUUACCAGUGUGGUGUGGGGCAUUUGGUCUGCAAGUCAUGCUGCAAGAGGCUCAAGAAGUGCCCCCUAUGUACAAGAACUGCCUUUGAGCGCUGCUUUGGCAUGGAGCGCGUUGUCGAAACUGUUGAGGUUCCUUGUUGCUUUGCAAAGAACGGAUGCACCAAGAAGAUCACCUACUUCAACAAGAAAAAGCACGAGAAGGCAUGCCGGUAUGGGCCGUGCUUCUGCCCGGAACCUGGCUGCGGCUUCACUGGGCCAGCGGUGGCGCUGGCGAACCAUCUCAUCACCCGCCACAAGUGGCCGUUCAUGAAGUUCAAGUACUUUGAGCAGUUCAGCCUCUCCCUCCAGCGAGGCCCACGCGUGCUCCAAGCCCCGGACAGCAAAAUUUUCCUCAUGAACUUGAAGCCCGUGGAGCCCCUGGGGCACGCCAUCUCCCUCGUCUGCGUCCAGCCGGAGGCCAUGGACUCCAGGUUCGGGUGCUCGGUGGCCUUCUCGUGCUUCACGGGCCACCACCAGCUCUCAACGCUGGAUGCUGUGAGAAGCUCCUCCCUGUCUGAUGGGAUGCCAGAGGACUUCUUCUGCAUCGUGCCCAAGGCUGGAGGAACUGAGAUCUUUCUCCGAACCACCAUAGAUAACGAGUUGGUGCAUGAUGAAGAGGACGAGCUGGAGGAUGAGGAUGAGGAUGAGGAUGACGAGAGCUACAAUGAGGACGAGGAUGACGAAGAAGAUGAUUCUGACGACGAGUGAUUCGAUAUCGGACCAUCUACGCAGUGCUCUAGAUCAAAUUAUUUAGGUUGGGUUCUUCGUCUUGACAAGUCGUCUAAGCAGACUAUGGUUUAGUUGAUCAGUACUUGAACUCGUAUCGAGACUUUUUAUUCGUGUUCUUCUAGAAAAACCUGUUACAGUACCAGAUCUCUGUAGCCGAUUGUUACCGGUUCUGUAGUGAUACUGAGGAAACCAUGCUGCCGCCCGGGCAAUUUGGUGCCGAAAUCUUGUAUCGAUUCUGAUUUAUUUCC